GAGGUGUCUGUACCAGGAGAGGUGGGCAGUGUCCCCAGGCCGCAGAGCCAUGCCUUUCGGCCUGAAGCUCCGCAGGACUCGGCGCUACAAUGUCCUGAGCAAGAACUGCUUUGUGACCCGGAUCCGCCUGCUGGACAGCAAUGUCAUCGAGUGCACUCUGUCUGUGGAAAGCACGGGGCAGGAGUGCCUUGAGGCCGUGGCCCAGAGGCUGGAGCUUCGGGAGACGCACUACUUCGGCCUUUGGUUCCUCAGCAAGAGCCAGCAAGCGAGAUGGGUGGAACUAGAGAAGCCACUGAAGAAACAUCUGGACAAAUUUGCGAACGAGCCUCUGCUUUUCUUCGGAGUCAUGUUCUACGUGCCAAAUGUGUCAUGGCUUCAUCAGGAGGCCACGAGAUACCAGUAUUACCUACAAGUCAAAAAAGAUGUGCUCGAGGGGCGGUUGCGGUGCUCACUGGAGCAAGUGAUCCGGCUCGCCGGCUUAGCUGUGCAGGCUGACUUUGGAGACUAUAACCAAUUCGAUUCCCAAGAAUUCCUCCGAGAGUAUGUGCUGUUUCCUAUGGAUUUGACCCUGGAGGAAGCUGUCCUAGAGGAGCUGACCCAGAAGGUGGCCCAGGAGCACAAAGCCCACAGGGGGAUCCUGCCAGCAGAAGCCGAGCUGAUGUACAUCAAUGAAGCGGAACGUCUGGACGGAUUCGGUCAGGAGGUCUUCCCAGUGAGGGACAGUCACGGCAACAGCAUGCACCUCGGCAUUUUCUUUAUGGGGAUCUUUGUGAGGAACAGAAUCGGAAGACAGGCAGUAAUAUACAGGUGGAAUGACAUUGGGAGUGUCACCCACAGCAAAGCAGCAAUCCUGCUGGAGCUGAUUGACAAGGAGGAGACAGCGCUCUUCCACACAGAUGAUAUUGAAAAUGCCAAGUAUAUUUCCCGGUUAUUUACAGCACGGCACAAGUUUUACAAACAGAACAAGAUCUGCACAGAACAGUCAAAUUCUCCACCCCCGAUCAGACGUGGGCCCACCUGGAGCCGGUCCUCACUGCCAAGGCAGCAGCCGUACAUCCUGCCUCCCAUGCAGUGUGGUGAGCACUACUCGGAGACCCACACUUCCCAAGACAGCAUUUUCCCUGGGAACGAGGAGGCUUUGUACUGCAACUCUCACAACAGCCUAGACUUAAAUUACUUAAAUGGAACAGUCACCAAUGGCAGCGUGUGCAGCGUUCACAGCGUCACCUCCCUCAGCUGCUCCCAAAGCUUCAUCCAGGCUUCUCCAGUGUCUUCCAACCUCAGCAUCCCUGGAAGUGACAUCAUGAGGGCCGAUUACAUCCCCAGCCACCGCCACAGCACCAUCAUCGUGCCGUCUUACAGGCCAACCCCAGAUUACGAGACGGUCAUGCGCCAGAUGAAGAGGGGGCUAAUGCACGCGGACAGCCAGAGCCGGUCUCUGCGGAACCUCAACAUCAUCAACACCCAUGCCUACAACCAGCCUGAGGAGCUGGUGUACAGCCAGCCAGAGAUGCGGGAAAGGCAUCCCUACACUGUCCCAUAUGCGCCCCAGGGGGGCUAUGGUCACAAGCUUGUUAGCCCGUCUGACCAGAUGAACCCCCAGAACAACGCGAUGCCUAGCAAGCCAGGGGCCAGCUCCAUCUCGCACACAGUGAGCACUCCGGAACUGGCCAACAUGCAGCUCCAAGGAGCCCAAAGCUACAGCACAGCCCACAUGCUGAAGAACUAUCUCUUCAGGCCACCACCCCCUUACCCUCGGCCCCGUCCUGCCACCAGCACCCCAGACCUCGCCAGCCACCGCCACAAGUAUGUCAGCGGCAGCAGCCCUGAUCUGGUAACGCGGAAAGUGCAGCUAUCCGUAAAGACCUUCCAGGAAGACAGCUCUCCUGUGGUCCAUCAGUCUCUGCAGGAGGUAAGCGAACCCCUUAUAGCCACCAGGCACCACGGCACGGUGAAUAAGCGCCACAGCCUGGAGGUGAUGAACAGUAUGGUCCGAGGCAUGGAGGCCAUGACACUGAAGUCACUCAAUAUCCCCAUGGCUCGUCGCAACACUCUUCGGGAGCAGGGCCCUUCUGAGGAGGCGGGUGGCCAGGAAGUGCAUGGGCUUCCUCAGUAUCACCACAAGAAGACGUUCUCGGAUGCCACCAUGCUGAUCCACAGCAGUGAGAGCGAGGAAGAGGAGGAGACCCCCGAGGCGGUACCUCAGAUUCCUGCGCUUCGGGAGCAGGUGGAAUACAGUGCCCAGCUGCAGGCUGCCCUGGCCCGUAUUCCCAACAGGCCUCCGCCUGAGUACCCAGGGCCGAGAAAAAGUGUCAGUAACGGGGCACUGAGGCAGGACCAGGGGACCCUCCUUCCUGCCGUGGCCAGGGCCAGGGUGCUGAGGCAUGGACCAGCCAAGGCCCUCAGUGUCUCCCGGACUGAGCAGCUGGCUGUCAACGGGGCAUCUCUGGGCCCCUCCAUCUCUGAGCCUGACCUGACCAGUGUGAAGGAGCGGGUCAAGAAAGAGCCCGUGAAGGAGAGGCCCGUGUCAGAGAUGCUCUCCCUGGAGGAUAGCAUCAUAGAGAGAGAGAUGAUGAUCAGGGAUCUCGAGAAGCAGAAGAUGACGGGCCUGCAGGCACAGAAGAGGCCACUGAUGUUGGCGGCGCUGAAUGGACUCUCGGUGGCCCGUGUCUCGGGGCGGGAAGACAGCCGACACGAUGCCACCCGAGUUCCCAUAGACGAGCGGCUCAGAGCCCUGAAGAAGAAGUUAGAGGAGGGAAUGGUGUUCACGGAGUAUGAACAGAUCCCCAACAAAAAGGCCAACGGCAUCUUCAGCACCGCCGCCCUGCCGGAGAAUGCCGAGCGCAGCCGGAUCCGGGAAGUGAUCCCUUAUGAGGAGAACCGAGUGGAGCUCAUCCCAACCAAAGAGAACAACACAGGCUACAUCAACGCCUCCCACAUCAAGGUGGUGGUUGGUGGCGCAGAGUGGCACUACAUUGCCACUCAGGGGCCCUUGCCACACACAUGUCAUGACUUCUGGCAGAUGGUGUGGGAGCAGGGAGUGAACGUGAUUGCCAUGGUCACUGCAGAGGAGGAAGGUGGACGGACCAAGAGCCAUCGGUACUGGCCCAAACUGGGGUCCAAGCACAGCUCAGCCACCUAUGGCAAGUUCAAGGUCACCACAAAGUUCCGAACAGAUUCCGGUUGCUAUGCAACCACAGGCUUAAAGGUCAAGCAUCUGCUGUCGGGGCAGGAGAGGACAGUGUGGCACUUGCAGUACACUGACUGGCCCCACCACGGCUGCCCAGAGGACGUCCAAGGAUUUUUGUCCUACUUGGAGGAAAUCCAGUCAGUCAGACGCCACACCAACAGCGUGCUAGAAGGCAUCAAGACCAGGCACCCGCCCAUCGUGGUCCACUGCAGCGCAGGGGUCGGGAGGACUGGAGUGGUCAUCCUAUCCGAGCUCAUGAUUUACUGCCUAGAACACAACGAAAAGGUGGAGGUGCCCACAAUGCUGCGGUUCCUCAGGGAGCAGAGGAUGUUCAUGAUCCAGACCAUCGCGCAGUACAAGUUCGUCUACCAAGUCCUCGUCCAGUUCCUGCAGAACUCCAGGCUCAUUUGAUCUCCUGGACGCAGCUCUGUCCUGCAGGGGGUGUCACUUCUUGACAACACGUGCCUCCCCAGCUGGAGGUGGAUGGCUGGCAGCAGGCUGGAGCCAGAGUUACUUACAAGCAUCAUGUAUUAUUUUAUAUGAGAUAAUUUAUUUUUUCCUCUCUUUGGAAUAACUUCUAUGAGUUAUUAUAAUGCAUGUUUUCACAAUAAUAUAGUGCUUCUCAUUUGAACCACAUGUUGACGGAUCUGCAGUGUGAGCCUCCAGGAAGGAAGGUGGUGGCCCUGUGGGACAUUGUGGACACAGAGGCAUAAGGGAAUGCAUCUCUAGUGAAGUUGCAGACAGAUUGGCAAUGCCCCAGUCAAAAGUGGCAAGAGAAGGAAUUCACCCUCUACUAGAGUUGAGACAGGCGUGGUCCUUGAAAGGGUCCCUUUACCUGCUGGAU